CGGAUACCAUCGCCACCAUCCUCAAUAAAAAAGUGGAAUUAGACUCCGGAGGCGCGAUGCACGAUACUUUUGACGAAGGUGAUGUAUCGGGUGGUGUUGCCGCGGUAUUUAUUACCACCCUUUACAUGCGCGGGCGCUGGCGAACCUCCCCCACUGUUCUCAACGGCACGCUGCCUUUCCACGACGCAGACGCCGCCCCCAAACGCACGGUGCGCAUGAUCAGGAUCAACGACAUCAUGAAAUAUGCAGACCUAAAGGAUUGGGAUGCUCAGGCCUUGGAGAUUUCUUACGCCACACCAGGUCUCACCCUCCUUAUGUUAGUACCUCGAAGUACCUCAUUGAAGAAGCUGGCGCAACACGUCAGCAACACGAGCGUCGGACAUAUAAUGUCAAAGAUGAAGACAAUGAGAGUGGCCGCCACUAUACCUAUCUACACUCUUCGGAUGACUUUACUUCUGCCUAACAAAUUGCAGGCAAUGGGAAUACCGAGACUAGUGGACGUGAAUAACGUGACGGAUACUCGGUCUCUGAGACUAUCUCACGCCGUGCAGCGCGUCAUGUUCUGGGCGGAAGCGGGACGACACGCUUAUAAAGAUGAUGGCAUCGAAUGGGACCAAAAACCACAAUUGGAAGUGAUUGCAAACCGGCCUUACAUAUUUUUUGUACGUUGGCGCAACGUCACACUUUUGAAUGGAAAUUUUGUGUUGUAAAAUCAAAUAAUUAUAAUAUUUUUUAAACAUAACGGGUUCUUUUUAUUAUUUUAAUUUAACGUUAUAAAUAUAAAAAGCAAAACGAUUUGUUUAUUGUUGCCGUUGCUCAGUAAUUCCUCUUUGUAUUGUGUGAGUAGCUGGCUGCGUACCGCUGCUGCCUCCUAAAGUCCUCAUGGGGCUCGCAAAGUAGGCGUCCACGUGUUUGUACAGCAAUCCCACUACGGUGGAAUAUUGCGCUCAGUUCGGUUGAAGAGGGCCAGUAGGGGGCACGCGCGAAUGCGGCCGCCGUUUCUCCGUAGCAAUCGCGUAUCAUCAACACUUCACUUCCACGGCGACCAAACAACGUCCAUUGAUCUGCACUAUGGUUUUGUAACGUAUAUUCGCCUGUUGAUAGAUGGGUACAUUUAAAAAAAGAUAAUUCCUAGUAUCUUCUAACUUAUGCACUACUUAGAUAAGUACUCAAUGAAAUCAUUAAUAAAAAAUAGGUACCACAUUCUUAGCAAAUAGUAAAUUUUGCAUUCUAGUAACUCAAAUACAAAAAUUGGUAAGUACUCAUUACAAAAUUCCGUUAAA